AUGCAACUACUGGCUGUUUUCUUUCUUUUGAGGGGCAUUCACAAUGUAUAUGCAUUUAUUCGUGUACCAGUGUUAACGGCACCUUUAGCUUCCCUGAAUUUACCAUUUUUACAAGGUUUCAUGAACCAAAGCAAAGGCAAUUACAAUAAAGUUACGACUUAUGAUGUUUGGCAAACGCCGAGGAACCCAGGAGGCCAGAUUAGUGCAUUCGAAGCUAUUGGGCUGACCACCGUCCAAACAAUAGUUUUCGACGCUGAUGUUCUUCUCCAACGUGGACAACUUUCAAAAGAGAUCCUUGAGCAGAGCAUGUUAUAUCAUUGCCCCGAUGUGUGCUACUUUGUAAAUGACACUGAUGUCGUUGCUACUACUAAUCUUACUCUGAAAAAUUUGGAAAACGUUGCAAGCUAUCAAAUAAGAGAAAUUCACGAGUUUGCUGUUGCAGCAAUAGAGAAGAAAUUUUGCUUCAACAUGACAGUUUUGGAACAGAAACUAAAUCUUUCGUCGUUACGUGUGAUCAAUGAUCAAUGGUCUUUGUUUAUACCUGAUAUUGUCGCAGCAGCCAUAAAGUGUCGUGCUGAUCAACUGGCUAUAACAGUUUCUCAACUUGCUCAGCUUUUGAAUAAAAAUGCUACAACGUUGUAUGGAUAUGAUAUGAAUCAAGUUGAAAACAUCUUCUUUCCGGCAUUUGACGACUUGCUUACAC